GGGGGCAGCGCCGGCUGCCGCUCGCCUCUCAACCGAGCUUUAGGACGCAGCCGCCCUCCCUGUCCCUUCGUGCCCCGCCCGCUGCUGGGAAGCGGGUCCGGGGAUUGGCCGGACGCGGGGCGCAGCCCGCCUUCGGGGCUGUGUGAUUGGCUAGCAGCGGGUAGUGCGCUGAGUGUCAUUCCCCGUGGGGGUCCCAAACACUGUCAGUGAGGCGUCGGGCGGAGGGCAGCAGCGGCAGGUAUCUGCAAAGAAACGAUGGCGACAGAAUCUCCGCGCCGCCCAAGUCGAUGUACUGGAGGAGUGGUGGUUCGCCCACAAGCUGUCACGGAACAGUCAUACAUGGAAAGUGUUGUUACAUUUCUUCAAGAUGUUGUGCCACAGGCCUACAGUGGUACCCCACCAGCAGAAGAGAAAGAGAAGAUCAUUUGGGUCAGAUUUGAAAAUGCAGAUUUGAAUGAUACAUCAAGGAAUAUCGAGUUUCAUGAAAUACAUAGCACCGGGAAUGAACCACCAUUACUGCUAAUGAUCGGAUACAGCGAUGGAAUGCAAGUCUGGAGCAUACCUAUCAGUGGUGAAGCUCAGGAACUCUUUUCUGUCCGCCAUGGUCCAGUGCGAGCUGCGCGGAUUUUACCAGCUCCACAAAUCAGUGCUCAGAAAUGUGAUAAUUUUUCUGAGAAGCGGCCUCUUCUUGGUGUGUGCAAAAGCAUCGGAUCUUCUGGCACAAGCCCACCUUACUGCUGUGUGGACCUUUAUUCUUUGCGAACAGGAGAAAUGGUCAAGUCCAUACAGUUCAAAACUCCUAUUUACGAUCUGCAUUGCAAUAAAAGGAUACUCGUUGUAGUCCUGCAAGAGAAAAUUGCUGCCUUUGACAGCUGUACUUUCACCAAAAAAUUCUUCGUUACAAGCUGCUAUCCUUGUCCAGGGCCAAACAUGAAUCCUAUUGCUAUUGGAAGCCGUUGGCUUGCUUAUGCAGAAAAUAAGCUGAUCCGAUGCCAUCAAUCCCGUGGUGGAGCCUGUGGAGACAACAUUCAGUCUUACACUGCCACAGUCAUUAGUGCUGCCAAAACGAUAAAGACUGGACUUACGAUGGUGGGGAAAGUAGUUACGCAGCUGACAGGCACGCAGCCUUCAGGAGCAACCGAAGAAGAAAUUUUAGCUCAUAGCAACAUUCGUCGAAGUCCUCUGGUGCCUGGAAUCAUCACCAUCAUUGAUACAGAGACAGUUGCAGAAGGGCAGGUACUUGUCAGUGAGGACUCUGAUAGUGAUGGUAUCGUGGCUCACUUCCCUGCACAUGAAAAACCUAUUUGCUGCAUGGCUUUUAACCCCAGUGGGAUGUUGCUGGUCACUACUGAUACAUUAGGCCAUGAUUUCCAUGUUUUUCAAAUACUGACACAUCCUUGGUCAUCAUCACAAAGUGCCGUCCAUCAUUUGUAUACCCUUCACAGGGGAGAGACUGAAGCCAAAGUACAGGAUAUCUCCUUCAGCCAUGACUGUCGCUGGGUUGUGGUCAGCACGCUUCGUGGCACUUCUCAUGUUUUUCCUAUCAAUCCUUAUGGUGGCCAACCUUGUGUCCGAACACACAUGUCACCCCGGGUGGUAAAUCGCAUGAGCCGAUUCCAAAAGAGUGCAGGGUUGGAAGAGAUCGAGCAAGAGCUGACAUCUAAGCAAGGAGGACGCUGUAGCCCUGUUCCAGGCCUGUCAAGCAGCCCGUCUGGCUCACCGCUCCAUGGUAAAUUGAACAGCCAAGACACUUACAAUAACUUCACAAACAAUAAUCCUGGAAACCCUCGACUCCUGCCUCUUCCAAGUUUGACUGUGGUGUUGCCUCUUGCUCAAAUCAAACAGCCAAUGACAUUAGGGACCAUCACCAAACGCACAGGACCUUACCUGUUUGGAGCAGGAUGUUUUUCCAUAAAAGCUCCAUGCAAAUCCAAACCAGCUCCACAGAUUUCACCCAGUAAGUCUGUGGGAGGAGAGUUUUGUGUUGCUGCAGUCUUCGGAUCAUCAAGGUCAUGGUUUGCAAACAAUCCUGGUCUGAAAAGGGAAAAAGAUCAAUCAAAACAGUUUGUUGUGGAGUCAUUGUAUAUUAUCAGUUGUUAUGGUAGCCUGGUGGAACACGUAUUGGAACCACGGCCGCUCAGCACUGCUCCGAAGAUUAGUGAUGACACACCUUUGGAAAUGAUGACGUGCCCAAGAGCCAGCUGGACUUUGGUUAGAACUCCUCAGUGGAAUGAACUCCAACCACCAUUUAAUGCAAACCAUCCACUGCUCCUGGCUGCAGAUGCUGUACAGUACUACCAGUAUCUUCUGGCUGGCUUGGUCCCACCAGGGAGCCCUGGACCGAUCACUCGACAUGAGUCAUACGACAGCUUAGCAUCUGACCACAGUGGGCAAGAGGAUGAAGAGUGGCUUUCGCAGGUCGAAAUAGUGACUCACACCGGGCCUCAUCGACGCCUGUGGAUGGGCCCACAGUUCCAGUUCAAAACGAUCCAUCCCUCAGGCCAAACUACUGUCAUCUCAUCCAGUUCCUCAGUGCUGCAGUCGCACGGUCCAAGUGACACCCCACAGCCUCUUCUGGACUUUGAUACAGAUGAUCUUGAUCUCAACAGUCUCAGGAUUCAGCCAGUUCGUUCAGAACCUGUUAGUAUGCCGGGGUCACCACGUCCAGUUUCUGAUCGCAGAGGAGUUUCAACAGUGAUCGAUGCUACUUCAGAUGGCUGCGAACCAAGUUCAGCACUCGCCUACCAAGGUGAAGUCAGGCCAGUUGCAACGAGCUCAGCAGCAGUGAAAUAAUGCGGCUAACACCAACUCCCCGUAGAAAAAUUGAAGAGCAUAGCUUCAUGUAUAACUCUUGGUACGUCAAGGUGAAAAUAUACCACUCGGACUCUCCAAACUGGAAGCACAGCAGAAAGUAAAACUAGCAGCUGCGUUUAAAAAUUUCAUAAGAAGCCAUCCCUUCUGUGUUUACAAUUCAGAAAUAAAUUGCAGACCUGUAGAAUCAUUACUUCUUCUGUUUUUCCAAUUGUUCGCUUCCAUCACAAAUCUGAGCCAUAUGUCCUUGGGGGGUAAAAUGCUGGCUGAACUAAAAUAUAGUCCUUCCCUGUGAAACCAGCCUUCAAAUGUGUGAUGGCAAGCUACAAGGCUCUUGCUGUGUCAUGCCAUCCAAACUUCAGUCAAUGAGCAGAAUCCAAAUUUGCACCAGUAGGUCAUGACCGGUAAUGCGGGGAUUGGAAAAUACCCAGUUAUUCUGCAGGGUGUACUGGGACAUCGUGUGUUCCUGCAUAGGAGGUUCAGGAGAGUGGUGAGCUUGGUCAUGCUUCCUGGUAUUUUCCUGGUCAGAUACUUUUAUAUGCCCCAAGAUAUUAUUACUGCUUUGGGUGAAAGUAAUGUAUUUCUAGAAAUAACCUUUGCCUUGUUCUAGGCUGAUAGAAACAAUUAAAGAUUAGUCCUGAGCAUGCUGGAUCUUCUGCAGAUCCAGGGUAUGCUUGACAGAAGUUUGUUCUGUAAGACAGUUAGUACAGUCACUUCGGAUUAAGAAUAGACAGCUAUUCUGACCUCUAAACCCAGGACUGUUGAGCAGAUGACAGUCUUAAUUCUUUGCUUCAUUUCGAGUGAGCUCUGUCUUUUGGCUCUCUGCAGUGGAUAUUUAUUGUAUAAAAAGGGGGAAGCAUCUGAUACUGGUUUAAGAUGAUGAGCCUGGGACUUUCACUGACUGCUGUAGCGAUUCUGAGGACAGCAAGAAACAAAAGCAGCUAACGAUUAUCUUCCAUUUAGCCGAGAUGCACACAAAUGCUGUCAUGGCUGCUUUAUAAAUAACUACCCCAGUCCUCCCCCAAUUAUUUUUACUAGUCUUUAGUGGGUGUAUAGCUUUUAAUACUGGAAAACCGAAAGCUGGCUCAGUUUGUUUUCUCAUGAAAUUGUAGCCAGGGCAGUAAAUUCAUAGCUAAGUGCUUACUCAUUGGCUACUGUAUUAUAAAUAACUCUUCACCUUGGCCCUGUUUCUCCAGCCAUUAUUCACCGUGAGUAGCACUUACUCGUGAGCAGGGAGUAGCAGAGAAGUAAAUGAUUCUGCUAUCAUUACUCACAGUUUUAGUACCCUGGCAUGUCAGGAGGUCUGUUUGCAAAUGAGGCACCGCUCUACUGGAGGAGAAGUAGCAAAGUUUUCUUGCCUGGUAGGACUAUAUGGGCAAAAACUACCCCAAGGAAUGGCUACUGUGUCGGUGCUUUCGAAAAUCGAAGCAGAGACGAGUGGGGAGGAGCUGCAGGUAUAGAUACGGGACGUUUGGAAGUGUAUGUGCCUGAAAGUGUUGCUGUGGUUUGUCCUUGGGCUCUGUCAGAAGCGCAAAGCCAGGGAGCAGAUUACGAGCACUGAUGGGAGAGCCAUCGCCUCGUUCCUCCUGCUUUCUCCUUGCCAUUACGCUGCUUUGCUUUCAAAGUGUAAAUUAAUUUAAAGGUUCAAAGCUUUCGGGAAAGAUUCCAGACCAAAGGUCGUCUUUUCUGGGUGGUUUAUUGGCUGUCCUGUGUUUGCCCACAUCUCUAGUGUUUACCAGCUGAGGGAGUUUAUGAAAUUUUGAUGUAGGAAUUAGGUUGUUGCUCAUCUUGUACCUUCUUGCUCGUAUUAUUGACAGUACCACUGAACUGCUCGAGGCAGAUAGUAUCUCGGUGAUCACUGUGCUAUUUCAGCUCUCCACUGCUGACAACAUCAGAAGUGUUUUAACAGGGUUUUAAUGGGCAGCCUCUGUAGCUCCUUGGAGGGUUGCAAAUAGCUGCCGUGAAAAACCUUUUCUGCCGCUCUGAGCUGACAUGCCCUCCUUUUCUCAUCCAGCUGCUGCUUGUUUAUGUGGCUGCAGCACUGUUGACAAGUUCUUCUUAUUUGGGCCUGGGCGCUGUGGAGACCAUGCAAAUUAAGCAAGUUGCUGCAUCUUUCGGGUGAGCUGUGAAGAAUAACAACACGGUUGCGAAACCGCUGGGAAGAGCGGCAGGAUGAGAUGGUAACCCAAACUGUGUUCAGCAAUCCCCUCUUCGCCUCUCUUAGCGCUUUCAAAGGGUAAUCGUACAAGUUAAGCUAAAGUACUAUACAGAGCUAGCUUCUCUGUUUUGUUGCUCACAGCAGAUUUCCAGUGAAGCCCCAGAGCAAGUUAAUGAUUUUGAAGAAAACAACCUUUAUUUUUUAGCAGAAAACACAAAAAAAAGGAUAAAUAAAUCACUACUCCUCAAGACAAAGCAUUAAUUUGAUAGCAGCAGUUUCUAGCUGACUGGUUGCCUUGCUCUGCUUGUUACCAGAAAUGAGGCUCUGAGCACAGCUUUCUUUGCGCUGUGUAAAAGCUUUCUCGUCCCCGUUUUGCUUAAUAUAACUAUAAUGUGCCCUUUAUCACACUUCAACUUGAGCAAUCCCGGUUUAGAAAUAGUGCAUAAUACCCAUGGGAAAAAGCGCUAGAAACGUACUUUAUAAAAAACAUACAGGCGGAGCUCAAAAGAUCCACUGACAUGUAAAUUUAAUUAAAAAAUUAUAGGUUUUCAAUGAGGGCUUGUGUCUUCAAUUUACCAGUUUCCAUGACUUCUUCAGAAAAAGUGUUUCUUUUUGCAUUCUUGGUGGAAAACACACUGAAGGGUAUUACAGUCCCCCAGAAAAGUGACUUUUUUUUUCCCCCCUGUGUCACAGGGAAAAAAAAAUUACCCAAAAUUUGUACACUUGAAAAAGAAGUAAGAAAAAUACCCACUUUCCUGUUUUGUUUUAUUUCUAUCCUUUUGGACAAAAAGUUAAACUUUCCUGUAGCCAGCCUUGCAUGGAAAAGCAUGUCCUAACUGUGUGACUAAGCCUCCUUUUCAUUGCAUGUGCAAAUUUCAGGUAUUUCAGAUCUUUCCAUGAGGCGUCUGAGAUUGGAUGAAGGAGCUGAAGCGGCGAGUGGGCAAGCAGGAGGGCGGCCAAUGGCCAGAGGAAGGAGCAGGCUAUAAAUAGGGCUCAUUAUAUAAAGUAUCGCUGUUCAAAGAGGAUUCUGGCUUCAAUAAGAGAAUCUCAAAGUUUGCUUGAAAAUCUUAAGAAUUGCUCCAUCUGCUGCAUGUUUCAAGGAAGAAAUCCCCAGCAAGGCAAGGCCACUGUGCUUGGUGUGAGGAGCAGCCCCGGACGGCCGUUUGCUCGCACCGAUGUGCUCAGUGCGGAGAUUCUCCUCUAAAAUCCUAAGUGAAAAGUAAAACGUGAAUCUCUUGGCUACUAAAACUUAAAAAGGGAAACCUAAAGAUCUUUGAAGCAUGCCAGGAUUAGAUGCUCUUCUGAACUCGGUUCUUCUAUCUACUCUUCUUCCAGCAAACCCCAUCAGAAGCUAAACUCCUUAAAUAUCAGUAUAUUUUAAAAGCUACUUUGCUUAGUACCCGUUAUUUCAGUUUUUAGUGCAGUAAAGGCAGUGGCUUUUGUGGUGCUUCAUUAAGUCCAAAGCAGCCGUGCAAAGGAGCAGAUCCAUAGGUUAAGGGAGAGAACCUCCCCCCUUGUUCUGGAAUUCCAGCCCCUCUGUAAGCGGAGGAGCUGUUUCACACUUCUUUCUGCCUUCAAGCUGGUGGGUCCUUGUGUGAGUUGCAGCACUGAAAACCACUGUGGUUUUUGUUUCUCUAACUUAAUUAAUAAAAAUAAUUCAUCAGUAGCUCUGAUGCCUUUCGGAGUGGUUUUUCCCUGAGUCAGCUUACUGGGGAAGGAGGUUCAUUAUAAAUUAUAAUUAGAAGAAGGAAAAAAAUAGGCAGAGUAAAGCCUCUGAUGUGGUGGACUUCUCGUGACGUUACCGUCUCAGCCUAGUUAAUAUGAAGAAGCUUGUAGCCAAAAUGCUGUAAUCUAGUUUAUAUGUAUUGUUCAAUGUAUGAAAUG